UGCUUUAGAAAAAUUGGCUCACACAAAAAUAAAAGGCAUUCUCUAAAAGCCUUUUGUUUUGGCUGAAUAUUUCCUAAAGCAUUAAUCCACCUGGCAUUUUGGUUUCUUUCCUGAGAAGUUUGAAGGCUGAAGUAGUGAAAAGUUUUCUUCUUCCUCUUGUAUAAGUAUUUUUAGUUGAAAUGUUGUCGCUGUGACUGAGUUUACUGCUAGUACGUAUAUCCAUCUUUCAAAGUGGUUGGAGAAUAUGCAAGAUUCUGAAUAGGUAAAAGGCUAAGAAAGAAAAGAAAAACAAAUUACGAGUAAAACAAGAGAAGGGGACAUGGACGAUCAAAUAAGGUGAAUAGCAAGGGGAUUUGUAAGCAAGUGCAAUUAAUUCCUCAAUUUACUUUAUUGCGCAGUUGGUGGCAAUUUUUUCCUUGUCACUUACCCUCUAGUGUGUCAACGAGAUAGGAUGGACAUUGCAGCUGAAGUUGUAAAAUGCACAGCAAAGCCCGUAAUACGUCAUGUUGGUGAUUUGUUCCGUUUCAAGAAAAUAGUUGAUGAUCUUACCAAAGCAACAAAAGACCUGCAGUUAGUGCAACAAAAGGUGGAAGAGGCUAUCAAGCUAGCUGCAAUGAACACUGGGGUUGUUGAGAAGGAUGUAGAAGGGUGGUUGACAGAUGUGAAUCAGCUCAUGAAAGAAGUACAGGCUUUGGAAAAUAAAGUACAAGGAAACUUGAGGUUCUGUAACGACUGGUGUCCUAAUUGGAUUCAGCAAUACAAGUUAUGUAAGGAAGCCAUACAGAAGACAAACGUUGUUCAAGAGCUUCAAAAUAAGGGCAACUUUUCCAAAGUGGCCCAUCGUGCUCCGACUCCUGGCAUAGAGAUCUUUUCAUCUAGUGAUUUCGAGGUGUUUGAAUCUAGAAAAUUGGCUUUCCAACAAAUUAUGGAGGCAUUGCAUGAUGAUAACAAUGAAAGGAUUGGACUGCAUGGAAUUGGAGGGAUUGGGAAAACAACCCUGGUGAAUGAAGUAUACAAGGAAGUCAAAAAAUCGAAUAUUUUCAAUGACAUUGUGAUGACUGUUGUGUCCCAGACACCUGAUGUUAGAAGAAUUCAUGGUGAAAUUGCAGGCUGUUUAAAGUUGACAUUUGAAGAUCACGAGAAGGAGAGUGAUACUGCAAGAGCGAAUCGAAUAUGCUUAAGAAUAAAGAGUGUAACGAAGAUCCUCAUAAUCCUUGAUGAUAUUUGGAAAGAUGUCGACUUAAAAGCUUUUGGAAUUCCAUCUUGUGAUGAUCACAGGGGUUGCAAGAUUCUUUUGGCUACACGAAGUGUGCAUAUAUGCAAUUUAAUGCGUUGUCAAAGGAAAAUUCCCUUAAAUUUCUUAGUGGAGGAAGAAUCACUGGCUUUGAUGAAAACAAUUGCUAUAGUUGAUGAUUGCGCAGACUUGAAUGAUGUGGUACUUAAAGUUGUUAAAGAAUGCAAAGGUUUGCCUAUAGCAAUCAUUACAGUAGGAAAGGCUCUUAUAGGAAAAUCUCUUGAUGAUUGGAAUGCGGCAAUGCAUCAACUAAGAGAGUCUAGACUUGUUGAUAUUGAAGGUGUUGAUGAAGAAAAAAAUGCUUAUGCAUGUCUUAAGUGGAGUUAUGAUCAAUUAAAACGCAAAACCAAGUUAUGCUUUUUAUUGUGUUCUUUAUUUCCAGAAGAUUAUAAUAUUCCUAUUGAGGAAUUGACUAGAUAUGCCAUGGGACUAGAGGAAGAUGAAGAUUUUCACUCACUUGAUGAAGCAAGGAGCCAAGUGCGUGCAGCAAUCAAUAGCCUCAAAGAUUCUUCUUUACUACUAGAAGGCUCAGAAAAAGGAUUUGUGAAGAUGCAUGACAUGGUUCGUGAUAUUGGCUUAUGGAUAACAUCAAAAGGGAAAAAUGAAUUCAAGCUAAGAGCCUACACUCGUUUAGAGAGAAACACAAACUUAGAAAAAGCCACAGCAAUCUCCUUGAUCGAUUACAACACUGAACAACUUCCCGACAACUUGGUAUGUCCAAGACUCAACAUUUUGUUAUUGGGUAGAAAUGUCCCUAUGAAAUUGUUACAUUUCGGAAAAAAAAAAAAAAAAGAAGAGAUUCCUAACACAUUGUUUGAAGGGAUGAAUUGUCUCAAGGUUUUGACACUACAUGACAAAAUCUUAUCAUCACAAUCACUAAAAUUAUUGACAAACCUUCGAACCUUACAUUUGAAUGGUUGCAAUUUCAGUGAUGACCUCUCUUCAUUGGGAAAGUUAAAGAGACUUGAGACUUUAUGCUUUAACAGUUGUCGAAUGGUUGCAUUGCCAAGUGAAUUAGGGGAAAUGACGAGUUUAAAAAUGCUAGAUUUGACCGCAAGUGAAUUGAAACAGAUUCCGCCAAAUGUGAUACGAAGAUUAUCCCAAUUAGAAGAACUAAUCAUUAGUAGCAGCUUCGAGAAUUGGGAUGUUGAAGGGAGAACCUCAGAAAUAAGCAACCCUAACUUAUCAGAGUUGAACUCAUUACCCCGCUUGGUUAAUCUCUCUCUAAAGUUGAACUCGAAUCAUUUACCCAAAGGCUUUGUUUUCCCGGACUUGCAUAGAUAUUUCAUAUUGAUUGGCUGCUCAAGCUGGAAUCUUAAGACACCUUACGGCUAUGAUAGUUUAAAAUGUAUUAACUCAAGAACCUUAGAAAUCAAAGAUUUGAAUGCCUCCUCAAUGAACGCAUUGAAGUCUUUGUUCCGUACCGUGGAAUAUAUUUGGAUUGAGUCUUGUGAGAUGGAAUGCAUUUUUGAUACAAUUGGGGGAAAUCAUACCGUUACAUUCGGCAAUUUGGUCGAACUACAUCUAAUGUUAAUGAGCUGUCUUAGAACAAUAUGUGAGGGGCCCAACCAGAAUGAAAUCUUCAGCAAUCUCACAGUUUUAGACGCACGUCGAUGCCCGAGAUUGAUCAGUCUCUUCUCGCCGUCCCUUGCUCAAAGUCUAAAAAAGCUGAAACAACUAUAUAUUAUCGGAUGCGAUGAAAUGAAGCAAAUAAUUUCAGAGGAGGGAAUGAUAUUGGAGAGUCACGGUCAACCAAUAUGUCUCUCAAAAUUAGAGACUCUUGUGGUAAAGAAUUGCGGAAAACUGGAAUAUAUCUUUCCUAUAUCAGUUGCUCGAGGUCUUCAGCAACUAGAAGGGCUAAAAUUACGAGAUCUUCCUCGAUUAAAGAAAGUAUUCGGCCAGAACAGAGAAGGAGAAGUUGGGGAUUGCGAAAUAGAGAGUCACCAUCAAACUACAGGCUUCCCAAAAUUAAAGACUAUUGAGGUAUGGAAUUGCAGAAAUCUGGAAUGUCUAUCAAUUGCUCGAGAUCUUCCCCAACUAGAAAGUCUAACAUUAGAAGAUCUUCCUCAAUUAAAGCAAGUAUUUGGCCAUGAAGAAGGAGGAGAUGAUGGGGAUGGAAACAACAGCGUGCUAUCUAAGUUGAGAAACAUAAUAUUAAAGAACUUACCGGAGCUUGUCAGUUUGGGUGGAGGAAAUAGUUCUUCAGUUUGGCCAUCAUUGGAGAGGCUAGAAGUGGUGAACUGUCCUAAAGUGAAGUUGUCACCUUUUGCUAAUGUGGAAGCGAAUGUGCCAGCUCUGCAAAAGCUUCAAAAUUUACAGAUCUCGUCUGUGGACGAUUGGAAUGCAAUUUCAUUUGAUUUGAUGCAAGGUUUGCCAAAUUUGGAAGAAUUAGAAAUUAAAAAUUGUGGAGGAAUCCAAGAGGUGAUUAAGCUUGAAGGGCUUCUUACUAUAAAAGGAGAACAACAGGAUCUGUUACUCCCAAGAUUGAAGAAAAUGUUGUUGAUUGAUCUACAUCAACUGAGGUGCAUAUGGAAAGGCGCAACUAAACUUAUAAAUCUCAACAAUCUUGAAUAUUUAAAAGUCAAAGAGUGCAAAAAAUUGACGCAUCUCUUCACACCGGCCCUCGCUCAAAGCUUACAAAAGUUGAAAUUUCUUGAAAUUGAAAAGUGUGACGAAUUGGAGCAUCUAAUUGUUGAAAAUGCAGAAGAACAAGUCUUAUCAGAGAGUCAUCCCCAACCUUUAUGCUUCCCUAAACUGGAAAGAGUCAAUGUCAGAUACUGCAAUAAAUUGAAAUAUCUCUUCCCCAUGACCAUCGCUGAUAGUCUUUUAGAACUAAAGAUUCUCAUAGUAAUAGAAAACUCUCAAUUAAUGGAAGUAUUCACACAUGAAGGAGACGCUGGAGUUCAGAAAGAUGUAACGCUCCCUCAACUACAAUGGAUGGGACUCAAAGGUCUACCAAGACUUGUUAACUUCUGCCCAAAGAACUAUCAGUUUAUACUGCCAAAAUGGAGGUGGUUAAUAGUGGAAAGCUGUAAGAAGAUGAGGACGACUUUUACCCGUACUCCAGACAGAAGUGUGCUUAUAAAUGGAGAGGUAGCCCAGAUAGACGAGCCUACAGGGACUUCAACAAUUUCUCCAGUGCUUACCAUAUGCCCUGCCAACAACGAUAUAAUAUGGGACUCAGGUGGCUACUUAUCAUCAGAUGCAUUAUAUUUUUACCAAGAAUUCCGAAGAUGAUGAUUUGGAUUUAUUAUGAUCUUUUCUACACACGUGGCUUAAAUUUGUGGCGGGCUCAUGGAUGGAUGGACGUGCUACUUCUGUAGAGGUCUCCGUCCUCAAAAUAUUCUCAUCUCUGUAUUUCACAACUCUUUUGCUUUCUAUUUAUUUGAUGUGUGUUUUAUUUUAUUUUAUUUUUUUAUAGAUAAUGUGUUUUUUUCUUUUUAUUUCUUGAACAAGAGACAAAUAUUUGUACAACUUUUUUAAGUGAUAAUUUAUUAUUAAAACAUCAUUUUUACAUUUUUUAUUA